CCCUUUUAAGAGUUGUUUGUUGUCCCCAUCUCCUCAUUUUUCGCUUCUUCACUCCUAUAUAUAUUCUACCCUCCUUCAGAUCAUAAACCAUUUCUCAUAACCUCUCAAAAAAACACACUACACACACAGAAAUGGAAGCGGAGUUGCAGAAAAGGCGCUCCAUGUACAUAGAACCCGCAACCACUAGAGACGAACUAGAAAGUGGUGAAGCAAGCAAGAAUUUCGACGAGGAUGGCCGCGCAAAGAGGACUGGGACAAUGCUUACUGCAAGUGCACAUAUCGUAACGGCGGUGAUAGGGUCGGGAGUGCUGUCUCUGGCGUGGGCGUUAGCGCAGCUCGGAUGGGUGGCCGGCCCGGCGGUCCUCCUCACCUUUUCUUUCAUCACAUACUUCACUUCCACUCUACUCGCCGACACCUACCGCUUCCCCGGCCCUGUCCAUGGCACCAGAAACUACACUUACAUGGACGUUGUUCGUUCUCACUUAGGGGGUUACAAAGUUCAGCUAUGUGGGCUGGCUCAGUACGGCAAUCUUGUUGGGGUUGGCAUUGGAUACACAAUUACUGCUGCUAUCAGUAUGGUGGCUGUGCUGAGGUCAAAUUGUUUCCAUAAGCACGGGCACCACGUUAAGUGCUUGAAAUCGAACUACCCGUCCAUGGCGAUUUUCGCGGGAAUUCAGAUAGUUUUGAGCCAAAUACCGAAUUUUCAUGAGCUCUCGUGGCUCUCCAUUGUUGCAGCUAUUAUGUCUUUCACCUAUUCUUUUAUCGGCCUCGGACUCUCCAUAGCUAAGCUUAUAGGUGAUGGACAUGCGAAGACAAGUUUAACGGGGACGACAGUAGGAGUGGACGUUACAGGAUCUGAGAAGCUGUGGAGAAGCUUUCAAGCGAUUGGAGACAUAGCCUUCGCCUACGCUUAUUCCACUGUCCUCAUUGAGAUCCAGGACACGUUGAAGUCGGCACCCCCAGAGAACAAGGUGAUGAAGAAAGCGUCUUUGGUGGGAGUGGUGACCACCACAGUAUUCUAUGUGCUCUGCGGAUGUAUUGGGUACGCUGCUUUCGGGAAUGAUGCUCCCGGCAACUUCCUCACCGGCUUCGGCUUUUACGAGCCAUUUUGGUUGAUCGACUUCGCCAAUAUAUGCAUUGCCGUCCACUUAGUUGGUGCUUAUCAGGUCUUCACCCAGCCUAUAUUUGGCUUCGUCGAGAGCCGCUCUUCGCAGAAAUGGCCGGAGAACAAAUUCAUAACGGCGGAACACGCAGUCAGAAUCCCACUCUGUGGAGUGUUGAGCGUAAACCUGUUCAGAAUGGUGUGGAGAACAAUCUACGUGAUAGUAACAACAAUCAUCGCCAUGAUAUUUCCAUUUUUCAACGACUUUUUGGGGUUGAUCGGAGCAGCAUCGUUCUAUCCAUUGACAGUAUAUUUCCCUAUAGAGAUGCACAUUGCGCAGGCCAAGAUUCCCAAGUUCUCCUUCACAUGGAUGUGGCUCAAAAUAAUCAGCUGGACUUGUAUGAUUGUAUCCCUAAUUGCUGCUGCUGGAUCCAUACAAGGGCUUGCACAUGAUGUCCGGAGAUUCAAGCCCUUCAAAACUCAAUAAUCCUGGCUAUAUGUAUAACAAGUUUUAUGUAAUAAACUUAUUCAGAAAUUUUGCAUAUCUGUGCCCCUGAUUAACUCAAGAUCCAGAGGUUUGUUGCAUAGUAACAUGUAGCCCAUUUUAGCUUGAAGAACCUCCGUGCUGAUUUUGCUGCUUUGGUAGGUCAAUCCUGGAUUGAAGGUGGUGUAAAUCUUCUAUGGUAUUUUCAUGUCAAACAUUGGUAUUACAUGAAUAAGUGA